AUGUUUAUUUUACCCAUACAUGACGUAUUGACUGAAAGAAAGUAUGAGACUUGGACAGGGGCUCGUAAGUUGUAUUCUUGAUAUAAAAGACAAGACAGAUCUUAUAAACUCUGUCCAGAUCUAUAUCUUUGUGAUUUCUCAAAAAAAAUUUUCUCGGAAAAAAAUCCCCAAGAAAGCAAAACCCAAGGACAAAUUCUCGGCAAAUUAGGCUCGAAAUUUUAUCACGCUGGAUUUUAUUCGACAUUUUUAGGCGGCCGGGUAUUGCCUCUCCGAAGUUUGAAAGUUCACGCACCACGAAAUACGACUUUUUAUCACUGUAAGUAAUUAAUUGCGCAUAAUGUUAAAUUUAUUAUUACAACUUUGGAAACUCGCUUUUCACGUUUCUUAAAUUUUUGUCUACAUUCUCUGACGCGGAAGGACAACACCCCUUAAAUAUAGCGGGUAUGGAUCCGCGUGACAGCCCUUAAUUAACGCAGAAAACUAAGAAAGUCUAUAUUUUAGUUAAAUUCUUACCAUCGGAUAUAGGUGCCUGGAUUACAAUUUUAAUCGUACAUUUACAAAUUAAUUUUAAAAAUUUAGGCGACUCAGUGGCACCUGACGAUAUUAUAGCUAGCCACAUUGUCGAUUCCGAAGUUGAUUGUUCCUUGAAAUGUGUCGAGGAACAAUCAUGUGUUGGUUACAAUUACAGAGAAAAAUCAUACAACGAUGCACCAAUUGUCAAAUCUGCAAUAAAAUACGAGGUAUAGAUGCAGAACAUGGAGAAUGGACGUUCUAUCUACUAAUGGAAAGUGUGAGUAAAAUGUUUGUUGAAAUAUAAAUUUUUGUGCAUUUCGCAUGAAAUAUCAUACUAAACACCCUAGUAUUCAUGUUAUCACGUGUUCAGCCGAAGCCUUGGACGUUAAUAAACCUGAACCAAAAUACUUGAAAGACAAUAGAUUUCAAUAGGUUUGAAUAAUACAAAUAUUUAAAUAUUUGCAUUUGCAUGACCUGCAGUUGCUAUGGUUAUAGUCGCCACUGACUAGGAUUUCUUAGACGGUCUGUGCCAGAGUAGGUAGAGCCAAUAAAUUUGGAUUAAUAUAUGCGGGUGCAACUACCUGAAAGAUACAAGAAGAAAGUUCUUUCUGUAUAUUAUAAAAGCAAAGAUUAGUGAAUAUUUUCGCUCGUGCAAUGGCAAACAUAAUCUGUAAUAUUACAAAGAAACCCAAUUGAUCUCCCUGGCUUGUUAUUGCAAUUUCCCCACCAUUAGAGUUUCAUUGUUUCUCUAAUGAGAAUGCGCUAUUUCGUAUCUGAACAUAAUUUAAUUAAAGUAAAAAUAAAUCAUAUCUCAAUAUCGUAAACAAAAAUUUCUAUAUGGAAAAAGAUUAGGAGAUCUAUUCUUGAAUGGAACCAAAAUUAAUCAAUGUUCCAAAAUGUUCUGUAUUAAUGGUUCCUCGGCUGUCGUCCCAUCUUCUACAUCUUGGAAAUAUUCUUAAUGCUUGGUUCACAUAUACCUGUGUUAUGCCUGCAUGCGAUGUAGUGGCAAUACUACCACAAACAAGCUGCCCGCAAGCAAGCUUGAACAACUGUUGACAAACCGGCGAAACAACUCGACAAAAUGGUAAUAAAUUCCCGCAAUAAUCCUGAAUACCCGUAUUUCGUAGGGGUACACCACACCCCAAUAUUUAUUUUAGUCAGGAAGAUCUGUUAGGUUGCGAAAACGUCUUACCUUAUAUAAAUUAUGGUUCGCCAAUUUUUCGCCGCCGGCAAAAGCCCCCCUCUCCCCGUCCCCUUCCCAGAAAUUAUGAGAGGUUCAUAACCCAAAAUGAUUGUCUUUGGCGGAACAUUUUCAUCAACGUCAGGUCAACAUUUGUUCCCCGGUAGCCCGGCGUACAGACGAUAAUUUUGGUGCCGGCACGUGUCACCGGCGAGCGUCGUACGCAUAUGUGAACCAGCCUUGACAUCACGCUCAUAAAAUUAUUAUUCAUCAUUUGUUUAAUAAAUGCGAUCGUACCAACACUACAAGUAUAUGACUUAGAUUUUCUUUAUUUUAGACGAAGAAAGCCUGGAUUUUAGUCGCACGCUUCUCCAACGCCGAUUCUGAACAAUGGAUUAGCGAUGAUUCUUUUUGGUAUGACCGAGUCACACCAUAUGGAGAAGAAAAUAACUUAUCAAGCAAUACGGAUAUGAUUUCUGCAGCCUUCUGGGAAUUGAAAGGAAACGAAAUGAAGAUUACAAGAAGUGAUGAUUCCACUCACACAGCAUUACUACAGACCACUUCCAACUGUCUUCAAGGUACGUAGAUAUACACAGUAGGUGGAUAUAAUUUAAUUAUAGGUGGGUGGUAGAUAUAGUGGGAAGGUGGGUAGAUACGCUUCCUUUACACACGCUGGCCUGGCCAAAUUAAUAAAGCUAAGUAUUCCAAACGCGCCGUUCACAAGAAUAUAAAAAAAUAAACUGCAUAAUAACAGGGAUCUAUAAAAUACUUUCAUGCGAACUAAAGCACUCAAACUCUGUUGUCUAAUAUUUGAAUGUUACCUAAAGUACUAAGCAUUGUCUUUUAUUAAAGGUAGAACAUUUCGAUCGAAAAUCACAAGUUUUGGAAACUUUCGUAAUGGUUCAGUCUGGGCAAAUAAUCGAUGUCUUGGAAGUUGUCCAGUUAUUUACGGCGGUCAGUACGAAUCUAUAGCAGGUUUUGAACAUCACAGUUGCAACAGUGAUAUACAGAAUAGUGGCUACAUUGGAUUUUGGUGUAAUUGGGGGCGUGGUGAUGGUGCAGUGAUGAUGAUUGGUGGAGGAGGAAAUGAUUGUGGCAGAGCAGAUCAUGGUAUUGGAAUAACCGAGGAAGAUGAAGCAAAGUUCAGUUCUGCAAAUGGUUAUGAUUUUGGUACUGACGGAUACGUCAACCACAAUUCUUCAACAUAUUCUCUCAAUUUGUGGGUUUGUUAG